GUGGACGAAAUGUUCUCCAGAAACUUCCUUAAACCCCAUCCAGACGCUUACUAAAACCCUAGAGUGCUUCACUUCCUUUUCUCUCUGCGUCUAAACCCGUCUCAGAACAGCAAUCUUCAAUACAGUUUUGUAUUCACAAUCAUCUCUGCGUUGUACGGUGCUGCUUCCAAACAUGCACAGGAUCUCGAGGCGUUCCGUCUCCGCUAUUCUGCGAAACGGUGGAGCGCGGUACCGAAAUGCCGCUGCCCCAAUUUCCUCAGCCAAUCCCUUCAACGAAUCGGCUGGAGAGGGUGAUACCAAAGUGAGAUGGUACUCGGUAUUGACAAAUGGGAAAUGCAACACCAAUGGAUCCAUCAAGCCUUUUAGCAUGAGAAAUGGACUAUCUGUGUGCAAUAGAUUUGAGUCUACUGCUGCAGCAUCUGACGCAUGCAAUCCACCGGCUGAGAAAUAUGAGUAUCAAGCAGAGGUUAGCCGUCUGAUGGACCUCAUCGUCAACAGCUUAUACAGCAACAAAGAGGUGUUUCUUAGGGAGCUUAUCAGCAAUGCAAGUGAUGCCUUGGACAAGCUGCGAUUUCUUAGUGUUACAGAGGCUGAUCUUUUGAAGGAUGCAGUUGAUCUUGAUAUCCGUAUACACACUGAUCAAGAUAAUGGAAUGAUUACAAUCACGGAUACUGGCAUUGGUAUGACUCGCCAAGAGCUAGUUGACUGUCUUGGAACAAUUGCGCAAAGUGGAACUGCAAAGUUCUUAACGGCUUUGAAGGAGAGCAAAGAUGCUGGUACUGACAGCAAUUUAAUUGGUCAAUUCGGUGUGGGGUUUUAUUCAUCUUUCCUAGUCUCUGACCGGGUGGUUGUCUCAACAAAGAGCCCAAAAUCUGAUAAACAGUAUGUGUGGGAAGGAGAGUCCAAUUCUAGCUCCUAUACAAUCAGAGAGGAGACUGACCCUGAGAACCUCAUUCCUAGAGGGACACGCCUCACAUUAUAUCUUAAGCGUGACGAUAAAGGUUUUGCACAUCCAGAAAGAAUUCAGAGGCUUGUGAAAAAUUACUCACAAUUUGUGUCAUUCCCCAUCUACACGUGGCAAGAAAAGGGAUAUACUAAAGAGGUUGAGGUUGAUGAGGAUCCAGCUGAGGCUAAGAAGGAUGAACAAGAUGAGAAAGCUGAGAAGAAGAAGAAAACUAAGACUGUGGUUGAGAAAUACUGGGACUGGGAGCUCACUAACGAGACGAAGCCAAUAUGGCUUCGGAACCCUAAGGAAGUUACUACUGAGGAAUAUAAUGAGUUUUACAAGAAGACAUUUAAUGAAUACUUGGAGCCUUUAGCAUCUUCACAUUUCACAACAGAGGGUGAAGUGGAGUUCAGGUCUAUACUCUAUGUGCCGUCCAUUGCUCCGACAAAUAAGGAUGACAUAGCCAAUCCCAAGACAAAGAACAUAAGGCUUUAUGUGAAACGGGUGUUUAUUUCAGAUGACUUUGAUGGAGAACUGUUCCCGAGAUAUUUAAGCUUCGUCAAAGGUGUUGUGGACUCAAAUGACCUUCCCCUGAAUGUCUCACGUGAAAUUCUCCAGGAAAGUCGUAUAGUACGGAUUAUGAGGAAGCGUUUGGUGCGAAAGGCCUUUGACAUGAUUUUGGGGAUAUCCAUGAGCGAGAACAGAGAUGAUUAUGAGAAGUUCUGGGAGAAUUUUGGCAAGUAUAUAAAAUUGGGAUGCAUUGAAGAUCGUGAAAACCACAAGCGUCUUGCUCCAUUGCUUCGAUUUUUUUCUUCACAGAGUGAGGAAGAGAUGAUCAGCUUGGAUGAAUAUGUUGAAAAUAUGAAACCUGAUCAGAAGGAUAUCUAUUACAUUGCUGCUGACAGUGUGACAAGUGCAAGGAACACUCCCUUUCUGGAGAAACUACUAGAAAAGGAUCUUGAAGUACUUUACUUGGUUGACCCCAUUGAUGAGGUUGCGAUACAAAACCUCAAAGAAUUCAAGGAAAAGAAUUUUGUUGAUAUUAGCAAGGAAGAUCUUGAUGUAGGUGAAAAAAAUGAGGAGAAGGAGAAGGAGAUGAAGCAGGAAUUUGGCCAAACUUGUGAUUGGAUAAAGAAACGGUUAGGUGACAAAGUUGCCAGUGUUCAAAUCUCAAAUCGGCUAAGCACAUCACCUUGUGUUCUUGUAUCUGGGAAGUUUGGUUGGUCUGCCAACAUGGAGAGGCUGAUGAAGGCACAAACUGUUGGCGAUACUUCUAGCCUUGAGUUCAUGAGGAGCAGGAGGGUCUUUGAGAUCAAUCCUGAACACCCAAUAAUUAAAACCCUAAGUGCUGCAUGCAAGAGUAGUCCAAAUGAUGAAGAAGCCUUGAGAGCUGUUGAUCUGUUGUACGAUACAGCUUUGGUGUCUAGUGGUUUCACUCCUGAAAGUCCAGCACAGCUAGGAGGAAAGAUAUACGAGAUGAUGGGAAUGGCUCUUUCAGGCAAGUGGGGAGCGACUGCUGCUGAGUUUCAAAAGCCUAUAAUCCCAUCACAGAUACCAGAAACAAUGGAAGCCGAGGUAGUUGAGCCUGCUGAAGCUGGUAGUCAGAAAUGAGAAGCAGUCGUUUCUUUUGUAUACGUAAUAAAUUGAGUAUUUUAAGUAUGGAAAUCAUACUCGGUAGUGCUUCAUGACAUCUAUUGGAUUUAGAGGAGAGAAAUCAAUUUAGAAUGGGUCAUUGUCUUUCUGAUUCACUUGCACCAUGGAGUUGCACCAUUCACUCUGCGUGGCUAGGGUUGUCCAUGGUCGAGUGUACCGAUUGCUUUAAGUUUGUAUUUUAAAGCAAACAAUUGUCCACUAGUGUUAAGCAGGAACUCGAAACAGUAGCAAGAAAAUGAAUGACGAAGUUGAGUUCAAUGGUGUAUGAUCAUCCAUCCCCGUAUGAGACACGAUACGGGUAGGUUCAUUUUCAUCUGUCAAAUGAGAGCAAUCAAUGUCUUGUGAAGAUCGUCAACAGUAUGUCCAGUAUCGAAAAAAGAAAGAACAACAUCGAGUUCAGUUUCUGUUAAACGGGGUUUGGAAAGGAUGAAAUGAUAUGACUCUUUAACAUUCGACAUAAUUGGCUCAAAGUAGUUAUAUUCGUGUUCAAAUCCUCGACUUGAAGGUUACGGGGCUCAUUUUGUACUGCUCGAGACGGUUUUUAGUGUUUGAAUGUACGAAGUUAGUGUUUUCUGGAGUGUUUUUUCAAGUUCGUAGUUGCUUCUUACUCUAACUGUACUGUUACAAUCGUAGACCUAUUCUCUUUCUUUUAUGAAACAAACUUUUGUUUAUAAGAGAAGUAUUUUUAAGGGUUUUGUAGGAAGCUGCUUUACC